AUGAAUUCGGCACCAAGCUGCCCCCCUUUGAGUCUGAAAGUGGAGGAUCUUGAUCAGAACGACAGCAGUGAUCCGUGUUCACCAGCAAAGCUGAGUGCACAAUACGGAGUGGUGGUCCAGACCGCUGCGCAAUCGCUGCGACAUGUGUGGCGGACCGCUUCACGCCAUCACGCGCCACGGAGAUACCGGGCAUAUGCAAGGCUCCUGUCCAGCAUGCUUGAGAUUGAGUGCAUUGCGGUCUUCAGUGGCUGCUUUCCAGGUGGUUGGCAUCAAGAAACCGAGAGCUCCGGGCGUGCCUGUGGCUUUUUCCGCGCUGAAGUCAAUGCCGUACUGGAGCUGGACCACGAAACUGAAGCUGACAGUGCCUACAAACAGUUGGGCCUUCCAAGCGUUGAUGUGGAGAAGCUGGCCAGACACCCCUGCUACACAGCAAGUCCACAGGUGCGAUCCAUCGACAUCAUGGAGCAUCUGACCUUGAGGAGCAUGGCUGUGGCCCUUGGUAGCAAUAUGUUCCAGGGUACCGACAGCCAAGUGGUGCCUUUGUGGGUGCCGGCCUUUGGCGCGCAUCCAGCUCACAGUCCUAGCUGUGAUGACUCUGAACUUCUUUGGUGGUACAACGCGCCUGCCCUGCCUCGACUACCGAGUCUUUUGCAGAAAGGCUGGGCUAUAAACCUUGGUGCUGGCGACGGGUCUUGUGGCUACGACCUGGCGCGUGAGGAUGGCCGUGACAAGGACCUUUACAAGGCGGAUGAUCCUGCCAAUUGCCUCCUUCAAGAAGGAUUUGCCGGAAUUAUGUUUGAGGGUGCGGAAACGAAACUUGCCAAAUUGAAAGAGGAGUUUGAGAGAAGACCUGACGUUGUUCUAGUGCUCGGGCAUACAGAUCCUGAUGAGGUUGUUGCGCAUGUUGCAGCCUUUCGUCACAGACUCCCACCGGUAGAAGCAGAGCUGUUGAAGGUGGACUUCGACAACUGCGACUGUUGCUUUGUGGAAGCCUUGCUCCAGAGUGGAAUUCGUCCGCGACACUUGCAUGUGGAGGUGAGUUGCUUCAUUCCUCCACCCUUGGUCUUUCGACCGACUUCCUUUGAUGAAUCCAUAGGAGACUCAAUGUUGGAACUCGGUGUGGAGUAUGGACUCAGAGGACACAUGAUGCACUGUUCUUUGUCGGCGUAUGCCGAACUCUUGGAACCCUUCGGGUACAAGCUGGUGCGGCUCUUCUUGCAUGAUGCCCUCUUCGCUCGGCAUGAAAUGAUCUCCGACCAAGAUGCGACCCUUUGGCGAGAGAUCCGAGAUCUGGAAGCAGCCUGGUUUGGCUGCUUUUUUUGCCAUCCACUGCGAUCGGCCUUAACCAUGGAGAUGGAGUACGUAUCGACCUUUCUGUACGACUAUCGGGUGUGGAAUGAUCGAGAGGUUCCUCCAUGGAGGCAUGCCAAGACGGCAAUGUUCACAGAUGCCUUUGCUCUGCCACCUUGCCCUUUCGGCUUGGGAGCCCUCAUUGGAGCGAUUGAUGGCGUGGCGCCCUCUCUGAAAGCUUUAAGCAAGGGUCGAGAGGCCAUGCCUGGCUUGAAGCCAUCCCUGGCGGCUGUUCACUUUGACCAAUGGUUCCGAGGCUUGGAAAAUACCCAGGACUUUGUGGAAUCAGUGGUCAGCAACAGCCUUCAGGUGGCCAAGCCAGGUCUCCGCACGCACGAUCUGCAGGAUCUGAUGGGAAACGUGCGCCUGAAGGUGGAGCGAACCUUCGGAGAUCAACCGUCCGAUGCCUACUCCUCACCAUCUUUCCGCGUCGAGGGCAUUCGCAAAGUGACCUGGUGCGCCCGGUUUGUGCCGACCUCAGUGGUGAAGGAAGCCUUUGAGCACAGGUGGGGCGAAGUCUUAACGUCCUCGCCGGAUGAAGCGGCAGAGGCAGUGAUUUUCCGGCACCAGAGAGCACUGGAGCGGCCGUGGUUUGUUGGUGCAGAAUGCGCAUUCUGCAUGGCCAGGCCACACUUGGCGGGAUCUGUGCCAAAAGGAGAAGCCCAUGGUCGGAACGGAUGCGUUGCUCAUGGGGACUUGGAGGCGGCUCAUGUGCACUGGCGCAGCCACCGCGCGAAUGCGACCGCGCCACAGAUGUCACACAUGGUCAGGCACUUUGUCGCAUCGGGUACGGAUAGGGAGGCCAUCAUUGCAGCUGUGGCCUGUGAGAAGACGGGACGAGCUGGACGCUAUGCUGAUGGACCGGCAGGGCAGGUCUUGGAUUUCUUGAUGGAGCAGGGCUACAGCAAGUUCACAGCUGCGGCUGAGAAAACAGAGGAAGCUGCUCACAGUGGGCGCAUCCGGCCGGCAGGUCCACAUGGUCCCAGUUGCUAUCGAAAGAAUCCGGAGCACUUCAAGGAGUACUCCCACCCGUGGCAUGAGGGCAAGGAGCGGAAUGGGCGCAGGUAG